GUUUCUCGGGUCCCCACGCUGGAAGGCCCGGCCAGGGCCCAGGGGCUGGAUCCGGGCUUUGGUGGUAAAGCUGCGCCCAGUUGCCAACCUCGCUACCUGCAGGCGGCUACAGCGUGGCGCCCGCACAGGAUUCAGCGGGCGGGGCAGAACGAGCCUGGCGGCUGGCUCCUGAUUGGCGGAAGAGCCCGGCCCCAGGUUAUAAGAGCCGCCGCCUGCAGGCGCCGGGCGCUGCCGAGCCUGGGAGCCUGCCCGCGCCGCCCGGAGAUUGCCGAAGCGCCAUGCGGCGCGCCAGCCGAGACUACACCAAGUACCUGCGCGGCUCCGAGGAGCUGGGCGGCAGCGCCCCCCACGAGGGCUCGCAGCAGCAGUCGCCGCCGCCGCCGCCGCCCCACCCGCUCCCGCCGCCGCCGCCGCCAGCCUCCGCCAGGGCCCUGCUGGUGCCGCUGGUGCUGCUCGGGCUGGGGCAGGUGGUCUGCAGCGUCGCGUUGUUCUUCUGCUUCAGAGCCCAGAUGGAUCCUAACAGAAUUACAAAAGAAGACACUCGUUGUUUCACAGCACUUUUAAGACUUCAAGAAAGCACAGAUUUGCAAGAGACAGCACUGGAAAAUCAGGAAACAAAAUUAAUGUCCGAAUCAUGCUGGAGAAUAAAACAGGCUUUGCAAGGAGUUAUGCAAAAGGAGAUACAGCGCAUCAUUGCUGCAAGAGAGCCACCAAGAUCAGGAAAAGCUAUAAUGGAAGCAUCAUUGUUUGAUCUGUCCAAGAGAAACAAACCUGAGAAACAGCCCUUUGCACAUCUCAUUAUUGAUGAUAAAAAUAUUCCAGCUGGCACACGCAAAGUGAACCUUACAUCCUGGCAUCAUGACAAAGGCCAGGCAAACUUAUCGAAUAUGACCUUCCGUGAUGGAAAACUAAUAGUCAAUCAAGAUGGGUUUUACUACUUGUAUGCAAACAUUUGUUUUAGACACCAUGAAACUUCAGGAGACCUAACUAGAAGAGGGCUUCAGCUGAUGGUGUACAUGAUUAAAACAAACCUUAAAAUAAGACGCUCUGAUGUCCUGAUGAAGGGAGGCAGCACCAAAUAUUGGUCGGGAAAUUCAGAAUUUCAUUUUUAUUCUGUAAACAUAGGAGGAUUUUUUAAACUAAAGUCUGGAGAAGUAAUAAGUAUCCAGGUAUCAAACCCAUCAUUACUGGAUUCAUCUCAAGAAGCAACUUAUUUUGGGGCAUUUAAAGUAAGGGAUAUAGACUGAGUCUUGAUAUUUCCUGUAAAUUAAUAUGUAUUUUUUAGGACUUU